UUUUUUUGAGUGUGUUUUGUGUUCUUGUUUGUUUACCCUUGUUCUAGCUCCGCCAUCGUCGUCAUCCUCCCCGCUCUCCCCCGGCUCCCAGAUCCCUGCUAACAGCAGCUCCACAUUAUCCAAGAAGAGACCCCCACCCCCUCCCCCCGGCCACAAACGCACGCUGUCAGACCCCCCUACCCCACUCUCUCACUCCCCUGUGUGUAAAGGAAGUGACUCCACACCACCUCCAAUCAAUAAAAUGUCUCCCAUAACAAACCGGUUUGAAGGCAUACUCCAACAACAGAGCACAGCGUCAAGUACCACUAAAGCUACACUGGGCCCCAGGGUCCUUCCCACACUACCUCAAAAGUUUGUCCUGCGUAAGACAGAAACAAUUCACCACCCCCCAGUGGACAAACCCAGCCAGCCUCCAGAGCCAGUGCUGUUCCAGAAGUCUCCUCCAGGGUCAGACACACCACAGAAAGUCCCUUUACCUGAUAAACCCCAGCCAGGGGACCUCCAUCCUAAACCCCAGGUCUCAGAAUUACCACCUAAACCUGGAGAACUACCCCCAAAACCACAGCUCUUUGACCUGCCUCCAAAACCUCAGCUGGGAGACCUACCACCCAAACCUCAACUCAAAGACUUCCCACCCAAACCACUACUUUCUGAUCUCUCCAUCCCCAAACAUGGAGUCCCUGAACCUGCACACAAGCCCCCUCCUGGAGAGAUGGCUCACAAAUCUGAGCCCUGUGAUGAUAUGCCAGUGACUAAUCAACAAGCUGAACCAUCACCUCAGUUCACCCACUCCACUGAAGACACCAACUGGAGCCUGAAAUCUGGCCCAGAAACUCCAAUACCACUUCUGAGGAAAAGGAAAAUCAGUACAGGUAAGAUUAAACUGCGGCGAGUAAAGACCAUCUAUGACUGUCAGGCAGAUAAUGAUGAGCUCACGUUUGUAGAGGGCGAGGUCAUUGUGGUAACAGGGGAGGAGGAUCAAGAGUGGUGGAUUGGACAUAUAGAAGGACAACCAGAGAGAAAAGGCAUUUUCCCCAUGUCCUUUGUUCAUAUCCUGUCUGACUGACACAUCAAUUACUGACCUGAGGCCCACAACCUUCCCACCUUGC